AUGCCCCACCACCCCAAAGGGGAAGGCAAGGACAGUUUGGGAGGCCAAACAUGGCCAGGUCCCCGCAUGUUGGGAGAGGUCAGAUGGACCUGUACAAAGGUAUUAUUGGCAUCAGUACCAAUGGGCCAUUGCGUGCACAACCAAGAGAGUGGACUUACCAAGGGUCAUCUACAGGAAGAUGCCUUAAACAGCAACGCACUUGACUUAAUGCUAGGAAUUGCAGCCAAUCACCUACCAGAAGCAUGUUGGCCUCCUGGUCUAGCAAUGGAUCCACCGUACAAGGAAGAAGAAGAAAACAAGCGCGUACCCAAUCCAGUCCCUACAACCCUACCGGAUCUGGUCAAGAGGGGACCAGCAAAUCAUCCAAGGAGACCAGCAACAGAACCAACCCAGGCAGGGACGGUUGGACUGCAAGUCAACAAACUGGCAAGGAAGGUAUCACAGGCAAUUCUCUUGGUCAAGAACAUCAUAUCAGGAGUGGGACAUCAUGGAAGACAUGUCCUGUAUUGCGCUUUGAGCACUAAGGAUAGAAGACAAACCCAGGAUUGGGAACGCAAACUACCCCCAGGAGCUGAUCAGGAGGGCGUAUCCCAUGCCCCAGAUGCCAGAGGGGAACAAGGCAACUUUGAGACACUACGUACUGUCAAGGCUCCUGAAUCCAGCAUUGGAGAGGACAAGGACAAGCCCUCACCUGGUAGCAACGCAGGAGCCAAGCCGGCCAUUGUUGGCAACCAAGACAACCCAGAUGUCUGCAAGGCCACUGACCAUGUUGCCAAGUGGACCAACCUUGGGCCAGACAUUGAGAUGCGGGACACCAACAAGGGACUCAAGACCAUUGAGCCUGAACAACCUUGCAUCUCCCCAAGGAAGCUCAAACUCAAGCAAUCUUCUACGCGUCAAGGAUCUGAUCAAAACAACAGAAAAGGAGGAGAGCAAACCAACAGAGGAAAGGGAAGGAAGUGA